AUGAAGAGAAAACAUACUCCAAAUGAAAUGCAAAACAUUACUAGCUUCUUUGCUAAAAAGAAUCCUACUCCAACUUCUCUUCCACAUCCAACACAAAAUGAACAAACUAUAACUCCACCUCAAGAAAGUGAGCAACUUUCAUCUCCAUCUCAUUAUUCAACUCAAAAUUCCCCUCAAAAUGAACAAGGCCAAUGUUCUCCUAAUGCCCCAAUCUUUGGAGAAAGAUUAAGUGAACAUGAAUUUGCUAAUCUUCCACAAGAUCCAGGAAAGAGGAGAAAAAUGAGUCAAUUUCAUAAAGAUGAUAGAGAUUUAGUGAGAAGAGUUUACAUUCAAAGAAAGCCUUGUCAGCCCAAAGACUUUACAUUUCCUCAAACUUCUAUUUUUGGCAAAAAUCGUCGCUUUUGUGCUAAGUGGUUUGAUACUUGGACCUGGCUUGAGUAUAGUGUGGAAAAGGAUGCUGCCUAUUGUUUCCCUUGUUAUCUAUUCAAGGAUGAAAAUGCCUUUGGAGGUGAUGCUUUUGUUAGUGAUGGUUUCAAAUCAUGGAAUCGAUCGGAUUUAAUAAGAAAACAUGUCGGUAAACACUUGAGUGCACAUAAUAAUGCUGUUUUAGCUAUGGAUUUGUUCAAGAAACAAAAUUCAAGCAUCACACAAGCCUUAACAAAACAAACCGCUGAGAGUACAAAUGCAUAUAGGACGCGACUUGAAGCUUCAAUUGAAUCUAUCCAAUGGCUUUUACUCCAAGGGUUGCCUUUCCGUGGUCAUGAUGAAAAAGAAAGUUCCUUAAGAAGAGUCCAAAAAGAUAUCAUAAAUGCAUGUGCAAAAGAGACCACUAAAGCAAUGCUUGAAGAUAUUGAUGGUGGUUUAUUUUCUAUUCUUGCUGAUGAGUCCGCUGAUGUUUCUGACAAGGAACAAUUGGCUCUUUGUUUGAGAUAUGUUAAUAGAAAGGGAGAAGUGUGUGAGCGUUUACUUGGUAUUGUGCAUGUUGUAAACACUGCUUCUUUGACUCUCAAAACUGCUAUUGAAUCCUUAUUAAUGGAGCAUUCUUUGUCUUUCUCUCAAGUACGGGUCAGGGUUAUGAUGGGGCAAUUGCACUUGCUAAAAAGAAUUCAGAUUUGUGCUUGGUUAUUUGUUGAUGUACUUGCACCUCUCUUGAAUUUUGUGGGGGGUUCACCAAAAAGGAAAGAGUUUCUUCGUGAAAAUCAAGCUCAAAGAGUGGUGGAUGCAUUGUCUCUAGGUGAACUUGAGACGGGUUCAGGUUUAAAUCAAGAACGUGGAUUAGGUAGACCUUGUGAUACUCGUUGGGGAUCUCACUUCAAGACAAUCUUGAAUGUACUUGAUUUAUUCCCUGUAAUCCUUGGUUCUCUUGAGGAUAUUGCAAAAGUAUCUGAUACAAUAGAUUCUAAUAGAGCUCAAACACUUACAAAUCUUCUGAUGUCCUUUGAUUUUGUGUUCGUGGCACACUUGAUGGUUAGUAUAUUUGCGAUAACAAAUGCUUUGAAUGUGGCCUUACAAAAGCACGAUCAAGACAUUGUGAAUGCAAUGGCCAUGGUUAAUGUAACCAAGACUAAUUUGCAAAAAAUGAGAGAUGAAGGAUGGGAUUCUCAUAUGGAAAAGGUAAUUUCUUUUAUUGGUGACUAUGACAUUGCAGUUCCAGAUAUGGAGGCUAAAUAUGUUGUUCCCGGGAGGAGGUUGUUUAGAGGUAAAUGCCCACAAGUGUCUAAUCUACAUCAUUUUCGAGUUGAAGUUUUUUUUGGUGUCAUUGAUCUUCAAUUGCAAGAACUUGAAAAUCGAUUUCCCGAAAUAACUAAAGAACUACUUGUGUGUAUGUCUUGUUUGAGUCCUGUGGAUCGUUUUUCUAAGUUUCAUAAGGAAAAAUUGAUUAAGCUUGCAAAAUUCUAUCCUAAUGAAUUUCCAAGUUCAGAAUUGAUAGUCUUUGGUCAUACACUUGAUAGUUACAUUUGUUCUGUUAGAGGAGAUGAAAGGUUUUGGAAUUUGAAGGGUCUUAGUGAUCUUUCAAUCAAAUUGGUUGAAACGGGAUUGUCUGAAACUCAUGAUAGGGUCUAUUUACUUUUGAAGUUGGUGUUGCUUCUUCCUGUCGCAACGACAAGUGUGGAAAGAGUAUUUUCUGGCAUGAAGCAAAAUAUUUUAAUGGAUCCAAACAACCCAAAUUUCCGUCAACAACUUUCGGGUUUUAGUGAUGAUUUCCUAACUAAUCCCGAGUUUCAGUUGUUCUUGCAAAGAAUGGGCAAUAUGUCGACGCAACCACCUCCACUGCAUCAGACACCCACUGAGGUUCCCCAACAAAACCCUGCUAAUGAAGAUCGUACACCUGAAACUGAUCUUGAAUGCUUUACCUUUGUGUCAUUGAUACCGACAUUAUUGCACUCAAGACUUGUCACUGUCAACUAG